AUGGGUGUCCCUUUCGAAGCUCUCCUUCCGUAUGGAAUCAUGCUUGCCAUGUUCGGUAUCACCGGUGCUGGAUUGUCUGGAAUGAGAGCUUUGCAGAACGGUGGAAAGAGAGCCAGACAUUCCGUCGAUGCCUGGGACAGACAAAGUAAGCUCUACCUUACACAAUUCUAUACUGUCAUGUAUGGCACUGACUGCGAUGUAGUGAUGGACCGCGAUAGGAGGUUGACCGGAUUUCUUCGAGGGCAAACCGAUAACCCAAGUGCCCCUCUAGGAUUCGAGUUGAACAACCCAUGGAGACUUGAGAAAAGAAUUAUCUAG